UGGAUUAUGGCAUGCUUUAUACAGGAAACAAUAGGUUACGAGUCUCGUCUAGUCGGGGAUUCCAUCUUGUCUUGUGCCGGCUCUGAUUUCCCGGCACGAACUUAGCAACAAUGUCAAUGAAGACGCUUGCUGAUUAUAUUCGAUGGCGGAACAAAGAACCUGUGAAGGCAGCGGUCGAGGAGUGGCGGCCUCCAGUUCCAUACGUUAACUAUGACAAGCCCCAGACCGACGUAAUCUCCAAGCUGGAUAAGGACCCUAUCAUCCGGCGUGUCCUCAUUAACCCCAAGCUCGCGCCUCCACGGGCAUUUCCGAUUCUCGGCUCGCCAGCUUAUCAGUUCUUCGCGGGUUUGUGGACGGGUGCCAUGCUGACGUUUAUCUUCACAAGCAAGCCGCUAGGCAGGAAGGAGGUUGAGGAUCUCGUUAAAUAUGACCCAGCGUAUUUCCCGGAGUAUGCGAAGUCGCACUGAGCGACCUGGGCAGCGACAUGUCAACCCGCAAGGGGGUCCCGUCCCGAGCUUAAUCAGAUGGAUGUUCUCUAAGACGCGUUUUGGUGUACGAUAUCAUGGUAUGUAGCAAGCUGGACUGUCGAACACGGGGCUGUUGUGAUGGUCUAACAGUUCGGGUCGACAUGCUUUCGUGGGGGGAAGGAGCGGGAAUGGGUUGUGGAUGAGUUUGUGUUUUCUUUAUGUGAACAGCGUGUAUGCGUGCACAAUGGUUUUACAGAUUGCGCUAUCAAAGGAAUAAUCUCUCCACUGCCGUUGUAACUGUGGUGGUUGUUUAACCGCUUCGCUUGGACAACGCUAACGUUGGACUAACGCUGCAGCCUCCGGGACAGAAUACAUGCAACCAUAUGGGCCAAAGGUGCACCCCGUGCCGUAGACAACUGAUUUCCAUGUACACGACGCGCCCGGAGUUUGAUUGCUGCAGAAUGGGCUUCCCCAAGCGAAUGAUGUCUGUACAUCCUUAAGGGCAGGGGCAAGAAGCAGCAGCGACCCUUGGACCCGACAAGCUUACGUCUGAAAGACGGGGGUAGGGAUACAGUAUCACGGGGGGCUACACUUGUCCUACACCUGCGCCAUGUCCUACACCACAGCCAUAAGUAUCCGUCCU